UGUAAUUUCAUAAAUUAUUUUUCCAAACUUUAGGAGGCUAGAUAUGUUAGACUUAUAGUUUGUAAACUAAAAUACUUAAGAUAGUAUUCCUCCUAAAAUCAGGAAAAAAAGGUAUUCAUUGAAAAUAAGUAGAUUUUUAGCAACACCGUCUCACUUAAAAAUAAUAGCAUUAAAUUUGAGUGAUAAUUUUGAAAGGUUUUAAGAGGAAGUGGAGCAUCAUAAAAGAAUAAAAAUAAAACCAAUCUUAAUUAUCAGAUUUUUAGAACAGAAAAUUGAGGAACCAUUCUGAAAUUAUAAUGUGAAUAAUAAAUUACAAACAAUAAUAAUAGGU